GCCGAGAAAGAGGCAAACACCACCACCGGCCCUGCACCUGCCCCGUCCGGGGAACAUCAAGAGGGAAACAACGCCCUGUCUGGUUUCACCACGCAUACCUCGACCGACCCAUCUCGAUCUGUCAACUCUUUUCCUUACCCUUACCCAAACUCUCAUCUUUCCACUUACCUCAACCCCUCUGUUCACAACAACGUCUCUCGGACACACACUUUGUCUCCUGCAACUCCAUUCCCGCAUCCAGGUCUUGCACCUACAACUUACGGAAACGUGAAUCCUCUUCUCUAUCAUCAAGCGCUUCCUCAGGCCAACCACCAAAAUCAGAGAGAGAACCAAACCAACAUGGGCGACUACCAAACUCCCCGUCCCGAUGGGCUGCACUUCCAACCGCCCGUCCCUGAUACCACCUACGGUCCCAUGACUCAUCUCUAUGUUCCACGUUUUGACAACGGCGCCGUCCCUGUCUAUGCUCAGCAACCUCAACCCAACAAUGUUACGGUCAUUGGUCAGGCUCCUCAGCCCAUCAACAACAGUCCUCCCAUCAUGGUUGCAACGCAGCAAAUGCCCGGCCUGAUGAUGCAGGGACCUAUCUCGACGCCCGUCCAGGGCCAGCACUUUAUCAUGAACGGCGUAUCUGUUAUGCAGGCCCCUCAACCCGCCGUCGGCAUGGCCGGACCUCCUGGUACUGCCUUCCUUGCUCCGAAGCCCCAGCUUCCUCCUGAUGUCACUGGCAUUGGGCGUACAGCUAGCGAAAUCGCUCAGGAAAAUGCGGAGUUCGCCUACAACAAUGGUCUUUAUGAACCCCAGGACUUCAAGCCCGCGGAUGAUGAUCCUUCUCGCUAUUACCCUGUUCGCGAGCUCGACGGAAACUGGACCCAGCGGAACCGUUUCACCAUCGACAACCUUGGGGACUGCCGCUGGUAUGUCACUGACACAGGCUACUUCUACGCCGUCCGUCUUCCCAACUAGGCGAACAAUAUCCUCUCUUCCCCGUGACUUGGUA